CGGAGAGGAAUCGGUUCUGUCCUGAGGAGGAAACACCGCACUGAUGAGGGGACAGACGACAGGAUCUGCCUCGCAUUCCUCCGUUUGACACAUCGGACAUUGCGUCCCUCCUUCGUUCUGCUGGAAUCUCACCGCCGCUGUGGGUCUUUUUUUCGCUGGAGCUUGUCUGUUUUUUUUUCUUUUUCCCCCAAUUCCGGACGGUUGAAUGGAAGCAGCAGCCGAGGGAGCGGUCGGGCUCUCGGAGGCCAGGGAAGGUAGCCCGUUGUCGUCCGUGGCCGCAGCAUCCGAUGAUGCGGACACGGUUGUGGGGGUUAGCUACGGGAUGGACGCGGCAGACAUGGAUGCAGCUGCUAAGAAAGGUUUCAUCUCAGAGAUGCCCUCGUCCUCGGGCCAGGUCGGUCAGGGCAAGAAGAUUGGCCACAGAGGAGUGGAUGCAUCAGGAGAAACUACUUACAAGAAGACAACAUCAUCAGCCUUGAAAGGUGCCAUCCAGCUGGGAAUCGGCUACACAGUUGGCAACCUGAGCUCCAAGCCUGAGAGAGACGUCUUAAUGCAGGAUUUCUACGUUGUGGAAAGUAUUUUCUUCCCCAGUGAAGGCAGUAACCUCACCCCAGCUCAUCAUUUCCCCGACUUCCGCUUUAAAACAUACGCUCCUGUGGCCUUCCGCUACUUCAGAGAACUGUUUGGCAUCAGGCCAGAUGACUAUCUGUACUCUCUUUGUAAUGAGCCGCUCAUCGAGCUGUCCAAUCCCGGUGCUAGUGGGUCCGUCUUCUACCUUACAAAAGACGAUGAGUUCAUCAUCAAGACUGUGAUGCACAAGGAGGCUGAAUUCUUACAGAAACUGCUGCCUGGAUACUACAUGAACUUGAAUCAGAACCCUCGCACGUUGCUGCCCAAGUUUUUUGGCCUCUACUGCGUCCAGUCAGGCGGGAAGAACAUCCGUGUGGUGGUAAUGAACAAUGUUCUGCCCCGUGUGGUUCGCAUGCACCUCAAAUACGACCUGAAGGGUUCCACCUACAAGAGGCGAGCGUCCAAGAAGGAGAGAGAGAAGGCCAGGCCCACUUUCAAAGAUUUGGACUUCAUGCAGGACAUUCAAGAUGGACUGAUGCUGGAUCAGGACACCUUCAACGCGCUGGUGAAGACGCUACAGAGGGACUGCCUGGUUCUGGAAAGCUUUAAAAUUAUGGACUACAGCCUGCUGCUCGGAGUGCACAACAUGGACCAAGCAGAGAGGGAGAGGCAGAUGGAGGGCUCCCAGAGCGACAGUGAUGAGAAGAGGCCCGUUGCCCAGCAGAAGGCGCUGUACUCAACCGCCAUGGAGUCCAUUCAAGGGGGAGCCACCUGUGGAGGGUCCAUCGACACCGAUGACACGAUGGGCGGCAUUCCAGCUGUUAAUGGAAAGGGGGAACGCCUUCUCCUCUACAUCGGAAUCAUUGACAUCUUGCAGUCCUACAGGCUAAUUAAGAAGCUGGAGCACACAUGGAAGGCUUUGGUUCAUGAUGGGGAUACAGUAUCGGUCCAUCGCCCAGGCUUCUAUGCCGACAGGUUCUUCAAGUUCAUGAGCAGCACCGUUUUCAAGAAGAGCUACUCUCUAAAGUCCUCUCCAUCCAAGAAGGGUCGUGUGUCAUUGACAGUGCCUAAAUGUGCUGGUCCUGGUGCUGCCUGGUCCAUUAGCCAGCUGCCCUGUGAGAGAGAUGAGAAUAUCUACGACCUGAGAGGAGCGCACAGCUUCCCGACAUUGGAGGAUGAAGGGCGACCAGAUCUUCUUCCAUGUACUCCUCCAUCAUUUGAGGAGGCCACAACAGCAUCGAUUGCCACCACUCUCUCUUCCACAACCUCUUUGUCCAUCCCUGAAAGAUCUCCCUCUGACACAGUCGAGCACCCGCGCUACAGUGAAGUCCAGGAAGUCGUCAACACAAAGACCGACUCUUUGGCGGCUCUCGAGGCCACCCCAUCCUCCUCGUCCGCCCCAGCUGCUACCCCCUCUUCAGAGCCAGCCACCGAAGCACCCUCCAGUCCCAAGGUGGGGAUGGUUGAGGUGGAUGGGGCCAGCCAGAUGUCUGGCUCGGGGUGCACCAGCCAGGCUUCAGUGGAUGACGASGACGAUGUGCCAAUCACAGAUAUUUACUUGCCUCCAGAGGACAAGACCUGGGUAUACUCCCCCCUACACUAUGGCUCAGAGUCUAAAGCCCUGCCUGAUGGAGAUUUGGAGAGAGAGACAUAAAGCCUGUUUUCUUACGGAGAGGAGUGAACGUCUCAGCAGAGGAGGCUCGUCAGUCUGAAGUCCAGACCUCAGUGGCAGAAGCUUGAUCUCUGUGAACCAGGAUUUCAAACACACCAGGAGGAAAACGUAUCCUGAUGGCGAGGGAUGCGUAAUGCCAACCAUCUCUGCCUGUUCUCUACCACAAAGAAAAUUUAUUAUAUUUGUUUAAGAAAUACAUAGGUGUCUGUGAGACAAGUAAACYGUAUGAUCUGUUUCAAACCAAGCCCCCCGACAGACUUCAGACAGGUUUCCUCACUGAAUUUGCAGCUGUGAUGUGAGCAGAAAACUUUAAAAAUACAUGAGGGAAAAAGACAAGGAACCUUACCUUGUUUGAAAUUUGCUCUGUCUGCUCUGUCUCUGCUCUGCUAAGAACAGCUCACAGUCAUUUUACCCAAUUUGAAGAAACAUUAGAAAAACUAAAAGUGCAUUCAGCUAUGCUGCUUUGAACAAAGUUUAACAGUCACAUUAAUAUUUCAUUUUAAUGUUCACAAUUUUACAUUGACCUGUAAAUGUAAAUAAAUGGAACAAUUCCUACAAACACUGCCCUGUCGAAUUACRUACAAUACAGAUUGGGUUCUUAMACGACUAAAAUUUAAACUUUUGAUUGUUUCUGAGKGAUUUAUUUAAAUAAGUCAGACAAAGGUUUUGGUUCAGCCUUUCAAUGCUACUUUUGCAUACAUUUCUUUGGAGUGGUCUUCCUGAACCAGCUCUGUUCAGAGCAGCCUCUCAAGCRUCACGGCUAGACUGAAGUUUCAAUGUGAACUCAACCUUCCAGCACUGGUAGUGGGGCUAAAGCAGGGGUGUCAAACUCAUUCUCACUGGGGGCCACAUGACCGUUAUGGUGGCCCUCGAAGGUCCAGUUGUAAUUAACUUCAACGUUUCAUGUUUAACUUUGACUAAACAAGAAACG